AUGAGCUAACUUUAGCUCUGCUGUGUGUGUACGUGAGUGUGGCAGUAUUGGUGUCGGUGGUCUGUGCCGCCAAAGAGUUAUCAGGCAACCAGACAAGCCUCUCGCACACUUUGUAUUCGCCGAGCGACGUGUUCGGACGCUUCAAAUACAAGCUACAAAACAAGAAAAUAAAAAUGAAGAAUGCCUACUAAAAGCGACACCGGGACCUAAGCGAAUGGCACCCGUCCGGACUGAUUGAGCGGUUAUCGAGACGACGGGGACGGUCUGUGAUUGCCCACCGGUUGAUCUACAAGUUGCAUUCUCCAGUGCCAUGGAUUCAGAACAGUAUAAGGUAGACGUACACUACAUGGACGGCGGUAACGGCAGUAGCCACCACUGGGACCUCAUAGCGAAAGCGGGAGACUCUGACUCCAGGGCACGAGACGGGGACGGUGGUGGCUGGAGACUCCUGGAAGUGUCGCUUUCCGGAGGUGCGCCGUGGGGCUUUACGCUCCGUGGUGGCCUGGAGCAUCGCGAACCCCUGCUCAUCACCAAGGUGGAGGCGGCCAGCAAGGCGGCAGCUGUGGGCCUGCAGGCGGGGGAUGAGCUCGUCAACAUUAACGAGAUUCCCCUGAGCGGAUUCAGGCAGGAGGCAAUCUGCUUGGUGAAAGGCUCCCACCGGACGCUCAGUCUCAUGGUGAAAAGGAAUGUGAAAAUGGUGGACAUUGUAGCCCAGAAAAUGCCCUCAGAGAAUGACGUGCAUGUGGCCCGAAGCUUCCUUACCAAGAUUUUGCGAAGUUCCAUGAGAAAGAACCACUUUAUAGGGCGCACUGAACCCAUAAGCAGGCCGCACUCCUGGCACUCCACUAAGUUCAACGAAGGGCAAUCUGAGUCAGCCAAAACACAAUCUUCUCCACCCUCGGCGGUUGCGUGGCACGCCACAUACGAUGCAACUUCGUCGUCAACUGACCUGUCCUCCAGUUGGGAGCAAACCAACCUCUGCAGGGUUUCGGACCAGUUCAGCUCUCUUGGCAGCAUGGACAGCCUAGAACACGUCCCCCACACGUACCCGGCUGGUCAAUUGUCCCUUGCUAAGUCCAACAACAGCAUGGAGCACCUUGGAGGUGGCGGCAGUGGCAAAAGAGACUCUGCCUACAGCUCGUUCUCCACCAGCUCCGGCACGCCGGACUUCACGCUCUCAAAGAGCAACGCCGCCUCCACUGAGAACGUGCUGUAUAAAGUUAGCCAGUGGGAUGCCGGAGGAAGGCCCGUCAAUGGCAGGAGCGGCCAAAGUCUGAUAGAGGGAGUCAAACAGGAUGACAGGCUGACGUACUUUCAGAUGCCGGGAGGCUGCGACGCCCCCCAAGCUGACGACCAAGCCGGCUCCCUCCACUCCACUUCCGGUAGAACGAGUUGCGGACCCGUCUGGUAUGUUCCAGACAAAAAGACGAGCUCCUCCCCCUCACCACCACCGCCGCUCCCGCCAGCACGCAGUGACAGUUUUGCCGCGACCAAGGAAAGAUGCCUCGUUGCAGCUCAUCCCGAAGCACCCAAUUCACGCACUCCGGGGAAACCAUCUGCUGAAGAUCGCAGUGGCCAAAACCUGUCCCCGAAACACGACAGGGCAGGUUUUUACUCUCACGUCCAGUUCAACUCAAACAAGCAGCACUCCCUCUCCACCUGUGAUGUCCGGCAAGGUCAUCCCGCACAUCACAAACAUCACGGCGACAAAAGCACUUUUCCUGCACAACCGUGGCCUGCGACUGCUCCCAAGCCACUGAAUGUCGGGGGCUACUUCUCCAGCAUGCAGGAGCUGCCCACUAAUGGUUCCGCUCAACCCGCCAGCCUGAACACCAGAAGGAAUUUAAGCACAUCUCAAGCAUUUGCUCCCAAAGACCCAAACAUUGAAAGCACUGGGCAAAGCCGACACUACUGUGUCACUAAGUCGCAGCCUACAUUGGGGAAACCAGAGGACAGGCAAAGUUUGGCCAGCCUCAAUUCAACCCAGACUGGAAACGAGCAGAAUUCUCAACAAGGAGUCACCAAAGCAAAAUAUUCUCCACAACAGCAGUACUCCUCAAAUAGUAGAGAAACGAACGGUUACGGCAAACAACACGUGACUUCUGCUGUGGAAACCUCACCCCCGAAAGCCAUUGCCGAUGACCUCAGGAGCCAGAGGGGACAAAGUUCACAAAAUGAAGAGGCGCCGUACCCGAGUUGUCCCCCGAUCAGACUCUCGAACCAACGGCGAUCCCUUCCCCUGCACCACAGAGAAUUCCCCCAAGAUAGAAGACACCACAGCCAGGCCAGUGACAAGAUCUGCCCCCAAGCCACACCCAUCCUCCAUUCGCUGGCCACGGACACCAAGGACGAGAUCCCAAAAGCUUUUGACCCGGAGGAGACGGUCGAGUCCAAGCAGAUGCGACGCAACGAACGCUUUGCCACCACCUUAAAAAACGAAAUCCAGAUGAGAAGGGCCAAUCUGCAGAAGAGUAAGAGUGCUGCGACUCUUCCCGAUGAAAACCAAGACCACCAGGAUGUGUGGAAAUCCAAUCAGAGCUCCACCCCGGCAUUGGCAGACAGCCCCUUCACAAACACAUACAAGGAUAACUUGAAGGAAGCACAAGCUCGAGUCCUUAAAGCUACUUCUUUCAGAAGGAAAGACCUGGAACCCAUAGUGGUGGAACACUCGUCAGCUGACGCCAUACCCAGUUAUCCUUCCUCGGCGAUGGCCAGGAAAGAUCUGACUCCUCUUCCGACACUGUCAGAGGUGGGGACCAAUAAAUCUGCGCCUUUGCGCAUUGGCGGACGGAAGCGCUUCGGAGUAGAAAAGAAGGUAAAGUCCUUCUCUGAACCGGACAAAAUCCAUGAAGUUGGAGUAAAAGAAGAAGAAAGCACAACCUCUUUCCCUGACCAACGGAACGAGAAAUCGACUGUGCCCGGCCACACGUCUCCCAACACAGAGAUUUCCAUUGACCCCACAGUCCGAAUUUUUCCCAGUGAAACGGAGCCCAUGCCGAAAGGGACAAUGAGCGGGGACGACGCCCCGGGCGGUCCAACAUACUCCGUCCUGGACCAGAAACGACUUGGCACCUUCGCCGAGUACGAGGCCAGGUGGAACACCCAAAAGAAACCUCCCGAGACAAGAGCCUCUGGACGAUUCCGGUCAGCCGACAACAUUCUGGAUUCGAGCUCGAAGGAGAGUGUCAAACCUGCCUGUUUUCACGAGAGGUCCCGAUCUUCACCUUCAGCCGAGUUCUAUGGACAGACUAGUCAUGGCCCCGCAAUAAUGCCGGAGCAGGAAUAUUCCCAGAUGGAGGACAAACCUGCUGGGCCACUCAACUCUGCCUCAAGCUUCCAGGAGGACUGCAAAGUAAGAGAGAAGCCUGCCGAGCGCGAGCGAGCUCCUCCCGCAACGGGGCACACAACCUCAACAGCUGCUUCAGCAGCAGAGUCGGCACGCUCUCAGGCGACGGAGCACGCCGAGCCUCCCCCGCCCAGGUGCCCCGACAUCAACCCAGACGAGGCGACGCUUCCCCCAAGUCACACCCAGAACAGCGUGGCUAAAAAAACAGCCGGCAAAGUGCAAGUUGGUGCCGUUGCGCGUCACACGCCAGCGCACACUCCCUCCGACAGGACGCCGGCUGCCAUGGAGGCACGCCGCUCGCCUUCCCCGCACUUUUCCCCGCAGAGACUCAGCGACAAGCCGCCCGUCUCACUUCAGGACCAAGAUUCAAACGGGAUGGAAAACGGGACGGAAAAGCCAUGCAGCGCGGUGAAGAAAGUGCCCGUCAGGAUCGUGCGCUCUCAGGGAAUGCCGGAGACGGAGAACGGGAGGACGUUUCCGCGGCCUGACGAGGCAUCUGCGGCCGGAACGGGCGGUCCUGAUAUUAGCAAGCUCGGCAGAUUGGGAGCCAGUGGGCAGGACUCGGUCUUCUGCACUUUCACUCGGCAGAAAGAACUCGAUGAACCUGGUGUGACUUCGGACCAGCCCGAGAGGGACGCCGCCACCCCGACGAUGUCUGAAGAGCAGAAGAGGGAGGAGCUGGCCCGCGACAUCAUGGACAAGGACAAGUCGCUGGCUGACAUCCUGGACCAGAGCAAGAUGAAAACCACCAUGGACCUGAUGGAGGGCCUGUUCCCUCAGGGCGAGCAGCUGCUGGAAGGAGCUCACCAACGCAAGAAAGCACCCGCCAAACCCCCGAACGCCACCCGGCAGGCUGAGGAAAGGGAGAAGGAAGACAGCAUGGCGGCGGCGGUUGCCUUGGUGACCAGCUCUGCGUAUUACAGCACGUCGGCCCCCAAAGCUGAGCUUCUCAUCAAAAUGAAAGACAUGCAGGAGCAGAACGAGGACUACGACGACUCGGAGGACGAACUGGACAUGGAUCUGGCGAACAAGAAACAAGAGCUGAUGGACAGCUUGAGCAAGAAGCUUCAGGUCCUGCGCGAAGCCCGUCAAAGCCUGCAGGAGGACGUGCUGGACAACAACGCGCUGGGAGACGAGGUGGAGGCUCGCGUCCAGCAGGUGUGCAAGCCCAACGAGCUGGACAAGUUCCGCAUGUUCGUGGGCGACCUGGACAAGGUGGUGAGCCUGCUGCUCUCGCUGUCGGGCCGCCUGGCCAGGGUGGAGAACGCCCUCAACAGCCUGGACGAGGAGGCCACGCCCGAGGAGCGGCGCACGCUGACGGAGAAGCGCAAGCUGCUGAUACGGCAGCACGAGGACGCCAAGGAGCUGAAGGACAACCUGGACCGGCGCGAGAGGGCCGUUUACGACAUCCUGGCCAGCUACCUGCCCGAGGACGGCAUGGCCGACUACGAGCACUUUGUCAAGAUGAAGUCGGCGCUCAUCAUCGAGCAGCGCAAGCUGGAGGACAAAAUCAAGCUGGGCGAAGAGCAGCUCAAGUGCCUGCUGGACAGUUUGCCCAUCGAGCAGCGCUUGGCUUUUUGAAAUGCUUGCUGUAAGGUGCACCUCGCUUCCACCGGGGGCCGCCAGUGUCUGAGGUAUUUCUCUGUCGGCCCCAACACAGCUGCCUGAAGAAAGAUGCUGCUUUUUCUCGGCACCUGUGUUGAAUGCAGUGAAACCCCUUUUUAUCGUGGGGGAAUACGCUACACACUCACCCGUGACACAUGAAAACCUGCGGUAUAAAGAGACCAGAUACAAAAAUGUCUUUUUUUUUCUUUCUUUUUUUGGGGGGGCCACACAAAAUAGAAGAGAUUGAAACACUUGCACAGUGGUGCCUUGAGACACAAGUAAACAAGCUUAUUAUUUUCAAAAAUUGUUUUUGUUUUCACUUGCAAACAUUUGACAUGCAAUCGCGAUAUGACAGCAGUUACCACAGUUCACUUUGUUUCACAGCAAGUAGCAAUUUGGCUGAUCGGGAAUAAUUCGUCCCCAAAAAAAUUUCAAGUUGCUGAAUGCCACUCCUUUGAAGUUUACUGUCAAACUGAACAAAACACCAAGAGAAUUACAUCUUGUGUAUUCUAAACAAACACACAACUUCGCCUUCUGCCAGCUUAAUAUUAACGCACACAAACGGUGCCUCAACACACACACAGACUGACAAUUGAGUAAUACAAUUCUCACAGGCAUAUAUUCUUUAUCCUCCCGACAAAUUAUAGCAGCGAACUGAGUCAGAGUCGGUGUGAACCUUUUUUGUUUGACUGCAUGACAGCAUUACUCUGCCCCUCAGUGGCGAAGUCAAACACAUCAGAAGGUGCCAAAUAAAUUCCUCGUGAUGCACAAACAAAGAAAAAAAAUACUAUGAUAGCGUGCUAAUUUGUCAUUGAAAAACACGUUGAAAGCAUUUUUUUUGAGGGGCGGAUAGGAAUGGAUUCAUGGUACAUGCAUUCAUUUCAUUGGGGAAAGAUGACUUAGUGUUUUGAGUUAUGAACAUGGUCACGGAAUGAAUUCAUCUUGUAUCUCAAGGCACCCCUGUAUUUUCAAAAACCAAAAUGUUUACCCAAAUCCUACUCUCGCAGCAAUAUUCACACGCACAUACUGUAUUCUAUCGGCUCUCUGGGAACGACUACUGUUACUUAAUAAUAAGAAAAGUUUUGGAUCAUCUCUGCCCCUUCUUCUAUUUGGCUACAUCUCUUUCAGUAGAGCUCAGUGCUGCUCGGCAAGUUGUGGCACAAAGAGGUACUACAGUGAUAAUGCACAACUCUUUGUUUGACUGAAUAAAAAAAAAAAAAAAGAAUUUACGGUGAAAAAUCCACGAUAGAGCUGGGACAUGAAAUGAACCGUGAUGCAACGGGGGUUCACUGUAUCCUUAAUUUCAUUUUUUUUUUUUUAGUAAUUUAUUGUAGCCUUUGGAUCGGCACAUCAGGCGGACAACACCAGAGCUGCCACGUGAGCUCGGAAUAACCACUAUUUAUCAUCUUUUCAUACCAGGCAUUUCCUAUUUUUUUUCCUCUCCUGGUCCAACAGCUACUGGCCUUGAAGUGAACCCCCCGGCCCCCACCACCACCUCUGUUGUUGACAUUUUACAGAGCACUUGGCCGCACAGGAGAUGCACUUGACAUUCAGUAACAAGUGCCUGUCGCUAACCACGCUGACGCCAACGUCCAAACCAGGGCCCUGCUAAAUUGAAGAAAUGUUUAUUGUUCUAUAUUAUGAACAUUUGUGAGUUUUUAUAAUAAUUUCUCAGACUUUUUUGGGGGGGAGGUUGUUUUUUUUAGAAUUGCAUGGCGGGCCGAAACAAAAGUUUUAAAGUGUUGUAUGUCUCCCACCCGUCUUUCACGGCCCUCUUGUGCGUAGCUUCCACUCAGGCGCACAGAAAAAUCAUUCCCGAUUUGCUUGAAAAUCCUUAUGGGGAAAAUUAAAUUCAAAUGUCCAAAAAUCUC